CACUGGCAGAACUGGGCAAGUGUAACCGGACAGAGAUGGAGAUUGAUUUGCAGAGCUCUGAGCCUGUGUAUCAAAGGAGACGGAGACUGAGUCCAGGGGAUCGCGACAUCGCUAUAGCCAAAUGCAAAGAGGUGCUAGCAGCCAGCUUGAUUCAAGAAUCAACAUCAGAGUAUGCAGCGGCAACUGUGGUAGCGGUACACAAGUACUUGACAGGAGAAAUGCUAGCAAGACGGAUUUGGGGCACUAUGCCGUGGAACGGACCGUACAGAUGCUGCAGACCAUGUACUGGUGGGCGGGCCUGAGAAGAGAAGUGAAGGAAGUGCUGGCCAGAUGUGAGCCAUGCAGCCAGAGCAAGGCAAAGCUGGAGCGAACCAAGGCAGAGCUGCAGUCUCUACCCAUCGGUUCAAUCGGGUAUCGCUGGUCCUUAGACAUGGUGGGGGAAAUGCCGCUAUCUCGGCGAGGCAAGCAAUACAUUCCGUGAUGAUCGAGCUCACGAGCAAGUGGAUAGAGGUGGCAGCACUGGCAUGGAAGACAGCAGCAGCAGUGGCAAAGGCUUUCACCCAGCAAGUCGUAACCAGGUCGGCGCAUGUGGGGAAGUUCUGACGGACAAGGGUGGAGAAUUUGCGGGAGAAUUCCACGGCCUGCUGCAAGAGGUGGGCAUCACCCAGCGGCGGACUUCACGGUACCAUCCCCGGGCUGAUGGCCUGACAGAGUGAAUGGUCCAGACUCUGAAGAUGGGCCUGAGGAAGUACUGCAAGGAGGAAGAGCAAAGGGAGUGGGACCAACAUCUGCCGUGGGUGGCGGCGGGGUAUCGCUUCAGCAAACAGCAGGCUCUGAAGGAUUAUUCCCCGUACUAUCUGGUUUUCGGGAAGGAGCCAGUGCUGCCGGUGGACGCUCCACUGAUAAUGGUGCAGUCGGUGUCCACUGACGACCCGCGCACCUGGGCGGCGGUGGCAGCCAGAUGCGCUAGCUACCUCCGCAGCGUGCUGCCAGCAGCCUUGGAAAAUCUGGAAGUGGCGCAGCUCCGUGAUGCUCGAUGCUACCGACAGCGGAAGGAAGGAGUAGGUGGAGGACCUAGGCAUGGGACUGAGCUGCAAAUUGGGGAUGAGGUGUACCUGAAGGAGCCGCGGCAUAAUACGCUGGAGUGUGGCCUGAGUAAGCAGCGGUGGGUCGUGCGCAGGAAGGAGGAGUCGGGGGUCCUGACACUACAGAAUGCGCCAGGGAGGUCGGUUCAGGAUCAUGUGACGAAUGUCGCCCGAGCAUCCGGUUCGCGACCAAGCAGCGGGGGCGCAGGGCAGACCGAGAGGGGGCAUGAGUCAGGGGAGUCGAAACUCAUCACAUACAAGCGUAGGGAAGGCAAAGAAUCUUAGGAACCAGCGCGGGAGGUGCAGGUGCGGAAUUAGAGGUUCGGAAAAUGUUGUAAGCAAGUGUAUAUAGUGUACAUAGCCGACGAAUCUUUCGAUAAAGGUACAGUGAUGGGCGAGCUGGGAGCGGUUGGCCAGCUGGGAAGGAAGCAGGUUGGGGCAUGACACGUAAGUAAGCAUGAGGAGCGGUUUGGGCAGUAAAAUCAGCGAAUGAGAGAGGUGAGUCGAUGGCAGGAAUCAGGGUGAAUGAGGCAUGAGAGUGCGAAAGCAUCAAAAGCUGUUAUGUUGAUAUGCAAUAAGAAUCUGGUGACAGG